GCAUAUCUUUAGAGCGCAGCGACAGCAUCUAUCGCUUGCGCAGCAAGGGAGCUACGCGGCCGAUUGCGUGCAUGAAGCCUAGUCAGAGAGUUCCUGGACUAUUGUUCAGCUGUGUUACUGUUAAAAGCAGCCCGACUGCAGCCCAAAUACGUCACGCAUCUUGCCUUGCAAACAACCCAACCUGAGUGUUGCCAUAAAAUCGUGACCCUCAUCGCGGAGCCUGUAGAGCUAAGGAGUUGGGUUCAACGUACGUAGCAAUAGCAGCUUCAAGUCUUAAAGAGCUUAAGAGAGGCGCCCGCGUCAUCCACCGCAUACGAGCACCGCCUAUACAACCUCGCCGAGACCCUCGCAAUGCUCAGCCGCGCAGCUUUGCGAGCCGCCGCGCUAGCGGAGCGCGUGGUCAGUGGUUCCUUGGCGCAAUCCGCGAGUCAAGCGAUUAGCGGCCUACAAGGAGUCGGCCUAGCAGGGGCGUCGGCCCAGUGGUUGCAACGUGGGCUCGCCCACGCCUGGGCCGGCAGCAGCGCCCCGGUGCUCCGGUUAUUCAGCUCGGCUGCAUCUCCGGAGCUGCAGCAGGAGGCGCAGGGGUUAGUCAUCCAUCCGUCGGCAGCUGCUCGGCUGCGUGAGUUGCAGGCAGAGAAGCCGGGGGAGCCGCUGGUGCUGCGCAUCGAGGUGGAGGGCGGCGGCUGCUCGGGCUUCCAGUACAAGUUCAAACUGGACGGCGCGGUGCAGGAGGGGGACGUGGUGUACGAGACUGAAGGCGGGAGGGUGGCCUGCGACACGAUAUCGUUGGAGUUCCUGCGGGGGGCCACCCUGGAGUUUGAGGACACGCUCAUGCGGGCGGCGUUCACGAUCUCCAAGAACCCCAACGCUGAGGCCUCGUGUGGCUGCGGCAGCUCCUUCGCGGCCAAGAUGAAAUGAUGGGCGCCGCGGACUGGGGCGCCCUGGAGGCGGUGGCACUGGCGCUGCUCCGGCGGGACAGCGGCCAGCAGCGGGUGGGCUGGAGGCGGAGCGAUGGGGCUGGGGAGCUGGCGCCCGCGCUGCGGCUGGAAGUAGCAGCAGCAGCAGCAGCCGCAGCAGGUGCUGGCUGUGAGGCUGUAGCGGGAGGAAGGCAGGCGGUAGGCGAUGCGGUCGCAGAGGAAGACCUCGUGAAGCAAAGGAAGGGUAAGGGUGGCUGCGCAAACGGCUUGUGCAGAUGUGAAAAUGCACCCGGCAUUCUUCAGGACGUGUGGGGGCAACCGGGGGGCUGGCGCGGUGGUGUGCUGCAUCUACUACUGUGUGGGGUGGAGUGCAGGACGCAGCCGCACGUGGCCCGAAGCGUCGGCCCCGACGGAGUGCUUUGCAUGUGCCAUAGAGCUUAUGCUGGUAUUAGGAUCAUCGCUGUUAUGGUUUCGCCUUUAGUGUGGGGACUGCGUUGUUGGCAGGAUGUUUGGCGGUGCGCGGGCACGAGGAUGCUGCCACCAUGCCAUUUCGUGACUAAGCCAUGGAUGACACGCGGUUUGGCCAUGGAACUCAGGGACUGCACUAAUACAAGCAUGCAAGUCAGGCCUGUAAAGCAUCUUGCGG